CUUACGGUACAAGGAGUAAUCUGGACUGCAAGUUACUCCCAAGAGAUCCAUCGCAGGCCAGAAUCACUCUGAGGCGCCUUUCAUCAGAUUUACCAAUAUUGGGAGCAUUUCCAACCAAAUUCUCCUCGGGUUCGACUUUUUGCACGUCUGUAAUUCGGGAUAACUGAAUUCUCUAAUUCGCUUAAUAGGUAAAUAGUGGUUAGCAUUGUCUAGGGCUAGCAGAGCUGUUUCAUAUAGCAGUUACGCGAUACUAGCGGGAUAAAAAUAGCAGCAGCUAGCGUCGGUGGAAGCAGGUUUUACAAGGAAUGGCUGGAGAUGCGGACGGCGCGGUACUUUCGAGGACUAGGCCACUUUCGACAAUCAGACGGCGGUCCUUUCUGAAAGCCCCAGAAUUUGAACAGCGCCUCCCGAGCUGUAAUGAAGUCCAAGCUGGACAAACCGUCAGUCUCGAAUGCAUCAUAGACGCCAUUCCAAAGCCCGCCAUCCGAUGGUACAAGGACGGGUGUGACAUCACAGACGACGAGCGCUACAUCUAUGAGCAAGAUUGCGACUUCUACCAGGUGAUCAUAGAGGAUGUCGGGAAGGACGACGAGGGAACUUACAAGGUCAAGGCCACAAACAAAGAGGGCGAGACAGCCUCUAUAUCAUAUCUAGAGGUCAAAGGUAAAAAGAAGAAGAAGGUCAAACAUGUUCGUAGCGUCUCGGUUCCAGCCAGCUUCCCGACCAUCACCGAAAUCACAGUGGUAGAAGAUGAAGAAGAGGCGGAAUUGGAGGACAUCGCGCCAUCCCCGCUGAGCAGACGAUUGAGGUCCACGAGGGGUUCGCUCCGGAAGGAACACACGUGGCCCAGGGUUCUCAAGGCAUUGCCGACCGAAUGUGCCGCUUAUGUGGGCGAGGCAACCUCCCUCUCCGAGCGCGAGUACGAAGGCACAGAGAGCGAGGACGAUUCGCCAGACAUGCCUCUGCCAAUCCCUGAGUUCCCAAAUCACAUCGAAUCACAAAUCCUGGAAACGCAGCUCGCGCAGGAGCACGUUCGGCAGAGCUAUUCCUCACCCGUGUUGCGGACCCCGGAAGAGGAAGUUGAAAUACAAAAAGCAAGAGACAUCUGGCGGGAAUUAGAGAGACUAAACGAGGCUGAGAAAAUGGGCAUCGUGUUGGAUGACGUCACGGAGAGUUCUUUUGUUUUGGACCAAAAAUCUACUGAAAAUAAUAAAAAAGACAUUUCCUCUGCUUUAUAUGAGGUGUGUUUUGGUGCGGACGGAGCCUCAAUCGUAGACUUCCACACAGUUGCAAUUCCUACUGUGACUUUCUUUGGACUAUGGAUGAACAUAAGUCCACUGUAUUUCGUACUAUGCAUAUUAAUUUUGGCAUUCAUGAGAUGUGCGGUGCUGGUAUAUUUGGCGGCCACAUAACACUUUGCUGCCUGGAUGCGCAUAUUUUCAAUUGAUUUUAAGACUUAUGGCUGAGUUCAGUACUGACAACAGUAAAGUCCCUCUGUUCAUAGGGUUUUGGGUGGCUGCAAUAUUGUCCCGUGAUGUAACACCAACAGUCAAUAAAGCCUGAGAAUGUAGAAGCAAAACCAAUGCACAUUUCCUGGUACUAGUUGCGAAAUUCUGACUGAGGAAUUUAUACAGGAUACAUGUACAUGUAAAUCUGGACCCAAUGGCUCAAUCUGCGUCAGAGACAAACGCCAGCGUUAGCUAAAAUGAGCGUUAUCCCCUUCAGUUAAUCAGUAAACAGGCCCAGAGAUCUGGAAAAAUGGAGUGGCCUUUAUGAAAAGGUUUCUGCUUUUCUGAAGUUCCAUAAUCCAAGUCUUAAUUUUUUCUCGGUAAAACUGUACAUGCAUUUUCAAUUCAUGGAAUUACAGCUGUGCCGUCUUACAUUUCGCCGGCGCGACCCCGAACAUGAGGGACUUUACCGCGAUUGUUGAGCUGGCGUAUAUGAAGGGUUAGAACGAUCCGGAGGCUAAGUGAAAGCGAUUUGUUAUUGGAAAGCCUACGCACAAAAUACAGGUUCGACGUCCUAUAUGAGAAUUGCCACUCAAUACACCGUAUACACUCUUGCUAGAAGCCAUUUUGUAUGAGAAACUUAACAUAUCCCAUGCCCAGUUUGUCACUUUAGCUCUUCAGAUGAAAACGAACCUGCAAGAAAAAGUCGGCGAAAAACCCCAACCAUCUAAUGAAGCUUUCACUAGCCUGAAUGUGGUCUGACACCCUUCAGUUGCAGCUCAUGAGAGGAAUUCUCGUACCACGAGAAUUCUCGUGAGAAUCGCAACAACAUGAGGUUGUUUUCGAGAUCGAUGUAUAAUGUGGUCUUCCGAAUUUCGUGCCUUAACUUUGUCCUGAUGUUCGCAGGGGAAUAGGUCAGAUCAGGUCAAAUUAAUAUCUGCCCAAUGUAAUCAUUUCAUUGGUUAAUCCAAUUUGGCUAAUUAGACUUUUGUUCAAUGAUUUACACUGGGACGUGACAAGAUCCCUUUAAGAUGUUCGCAGGGGAAUAGGUCAGAUCAGGUCAAAUUAAUAUCUGCCCAAUGUAAUCAUUUCAUUGGUUAAUCCAAUUUGGCUAAUUAGACUUUUGUUCAAUGAUUUACACUGGGACGUGACAAGAUCACUUUAAGAUGAUGACGAAGCAGCAAAAAGGUGGCUAGUGUCCAUGAAAUUCCAUCGGCUUGCUUCGGAUUGCCUCUUUAAUAAUCAGAGAUGCCAGACUCAUUUGAAUAUUUGUCGUUUUUUGCGGGCACUAGAUAGGAAGUGCUUGCCUGAAAACUACGCCUUCAUCCCAUUUCUGGAGUGUUCGGCUGUGCCUCGCUAGUUGGUUUAAAUGUGAUCGUAAAUAUCCACGAAAGAAACAUUUUUAUAACAACGACUUUUAACAACAGUUUUCUCAACGAUCAAGGGAUAUUGUUUCCGACAUUGUUGGUAAAAACCAGCGGAAAGACUACCAGUAUCGAACGCCUUCCCGACGGAGAUGUUCCCUUUUGAGCAAACAGAUGGCGUUUGUGGUUCUAAAUUCUUGACGGUAUUGUAUUUUUCCCAACAAUAACAAAAUAACCAACCUUAUCAUUGAUUGAUAAGCCCCAUCAUCAACAAACUGAACGGCUAAAUGAGAUUUGCUGCCAUUGCCAUUGUACAUGUAAUUUACCAUCACAACUUUAGUCCCUGUUUUUUACCACCAAUUAUAGUUCAACUGUGGCUUCAUAUAAGAUGAAAAUGCAGGUAGCCCGUUCAUUGGUUACUUUUGAACAAAAGUUUCAGUUGCUCGGAAAAAUAUCGCAGGUCACAGUUAACAAAAUACUUCUUCGAAUCUUUCAUUCGGAUUCCCUUUUUAGGUCUAGGAAUAACCUCAAUUCGCGAAAAGCAAAUUUUUUUUGAUAAUCCGGAAAAUAUCCAAAUAUUUCUAAGAAAAUAACUAAAAUUUCACCCAUCGCAAAAAUGUAAAAUUGGCGGUUUAUCGAAAGUCACGAAUGACCUGAAUUGUUCCUUGCAUUUUUUUCUUUCUCGGGACUCCGCACCAGAAAAAUAUAAGCAUCGCCACGUGAUAUGCACGUGACUAGAGAUCAGGGUUUCCCCUCGACUCCAUCUUUCCGUGUCAGAAAAUGUCGAGCAACUUUUGAUGCAAGGACAAUAUCUGAUCCGCCAACAAAACAUGAAUGAGCGCGUUUUAAAAAUACGCAACGCCACGUGAUACAAUUGUGACUUACAAAGUUCCUCCGUGACACCUGAAUGUCGGCCUUGGGUUUCCCCCAAUGCAACUGUUACGACCCUUCUUCUCUCCCUAUCGUAAAGUGUCGAACACUUUUUUAAACCUAUAAGGGAGAACUUUUAAAUACUGAUAACCGCACACAUUUCAGGCCUUUUGAUUCUUUCGAUUUGCUGCGAAUAUUUCUAAAAGCGAUUUUAAUUCAAAUAUGCAAAUAUUAUAGAUACAAAAUUUCAGCAAGUUCGUAUGCAGAAUAGCUGCCCACGUGAUUGCGUAUAUGUGGCAGCAUUUCUAUUUUCGUGGAUUACCAGUAAUUACGAACGGUGUACCUCUUUAAAUGAAAUACCCUUGAUUUCCCCAGUGUGGAUGUUUCGUCCAUUAUUGCACAAACAUUUCGAACACUUUGUUUAUGCAUGGACAACAUCAGAUCAACCAACGACAUCGAGAACAACAUUUUCCAUUUUACCGGUGGAAAAGUUCAGUCGGAAGUAAUUUUGUUGCGUGAUCUCUGAUUCGUAGAGUCUAUUUACAUCCGACCCGCUGGAAAUCCGAAACAAAUGCCGAAUUAAAUAUACUACACAACGUCAUCUGAUGGAAUUUGACAUGUACACGUACAUUGUUUUUAUCAAGGACAAGCCCAGUAGAAGUGUAUAGGCCUAGCUGCGUUUCUUGCAAGUGAAAAUCCAGAAUUUUAAUCACAGGGUCGAUUUUCUGUUAUGGAAGAACCUUGCCCUUAAAAACACCUUUGACCUUUGGAUUGAUGAAUGUCAAAUACCGAGUUCACCGAAUGUACACUCCCGGGUGGAAAAUUUCGGUUCAUUCUACCUCAAGACGUAGGCCCCCCUAUUGUGUCUUAAAGGGGUACGCCGUUCGGAAUUACUGGUGGUCCUGGAAAACAGAAAUGCAGUUAUACACAUUGCCGUAGUGCAGUUAUUAUGCAUACGGAUUUCCUGAAUCUCGGUAGUUUGGAAUAUAUAUUUCUUAUCUGCCUACAGUACGAUGUUGUCAAAAUUGAUAUCCGGUACGUAUUUACCCAAUUUGACAUUUUCAAAUUCGAUUGCUAAUCUCAAAUAUUAAAUAUUUUAGCAAACGGCUUAGGUCUUUAAACUGUCAUUGGAUCAUAAUUCCGUUUACCAUUAGCGUUCGUGACGAUACUUACGGCCUACUUUUGUCGUAAUUGAAAUCAGUGUUGGCACUCGAAAUCAACCAAGUGAAACACAUAAACAAUUGAUCCGAUAGACCUACUUUAGAAAAUCAAGAUCGACAGUUUGAAAAAGCUAUGUGAGCUUUUUUGGCAAUAUUGAAUUGAAAAUAUUAGUACGUAUGCACUUCCUUUCAUACGUAUAUCAUGAGGAUAUAGCGGGCUAUUCAGACGUUUCAGUUGCUUUGUUUUACAUCAUAACAACAACCACGAUAAGUUUUUAGAAAAUGCGGAAUUUGGCGAAGCGGAACGAGAAAAGGGCCGCACUGUAUAGUACAUGUAAUAUCAAAUAUUGCCAGACUUGUUUAUAUGUUGUUUUUUUAUGAUACCACGGAGUGAACAAAAAACGAGAGGUAUAUAAAACAAUAGCUGGUAGCAAAAAUAUAUAGGCCGGGUCUAUUUGGCAAGCCGCUCGCCGAACAGGCAUCUUUUUUUGUCCUGUUUGGAGAGCCGCUUGCCAAACAGCACUAAAAAGCCACCCUGUUCGGCCAGCCGGGCUUGCCAAACAGGUAAAAAAUCUACCCUGUUUGGCGAGCUGGAGACUUUACUUUAUUAAUGAGUUCGGCUCUCCAUUCAGGACAAGAAAAGUCGCUGUUUGGUAAGCCGGGCUUGCCAAGUAGUCACUUCCAAAUAUAUAAGGCAUGUUGCUUAUCAAUGUUUUCGUGAUAACAUUGACUGACAUGAUCAAUACCAGAUUUUGAGUGUGAACCCGUGGUGAAAAUUAAUAAUUGCAAUGAUUCAUUAUUUUAAACUUAUAGCCUGAUGAAAUAGAAAUUAGUAUUAUUUAGUGUGGGUAGAUUUUUGAAUAAAAUUAACACCUCUCAUUUUUUCAGUGUUAUGUUAUGUUUGAUUAAUUGUUAAUUAGUGGAGAAGUUUUUCGUAAAAUUAACUGCUGACACUGCGAACAAAUGUCCAGUUCUUUGUAUGAAAUUGUGAUAAAGGAAGAAAUAGAUUUGGAGAAAAA